AUGCAUUUUCGCCUGAGGCCGCAAUCACGCGUCCGAUAUGAUAGCGAUAAGGACCUACCCCGAGUAUUUAUUCCCCUGUUGGUACAGCGUUCCAACCGUUCCAGGGUUGUAAUCCUUCUUCCAAAUUCCAAAAACACAAUGAAUUUCGCUCCAUAUCAAGAUCAAUCACCAGAGCUUGAGCGCGCUCUAUCGCCUCCUCCUGCAGAAGGCCACCGAGUAAUAUCCCCAAACCUCCGCUCACCACGAGCUUCGGCCGACCUAUCCUCCCCAAGUCACUUUGUUCGUGGCGGACAUGGUAAUACAGGAUUUGGACGAGAGUUUGAGGGUGGGCAUGUGAGUCUCGGGGCGUUUGAGACAAGUCUUCCGAUUCGUAUGGAUGUUGAAGCAAUGUUGGCAUACUUGCUUCUGCCUCCGGCGGGGGGUGUAUUUUUACUACUAACUGAACACAAGAGCGAUUAUGUGCGAUUUCAUGCUUGGCAAUCAAGCAUGCUGUUCGCUGCUAUGUUUAUUAUUCACCUGCUCUUCUGUUGGUCGAGCUUCCUUUCCUGGACAUUUCUCCUGAUCGAUCUUAUUUUGAUCGGCUUUCUCAGCAUGCAUGCCUAUCAAGAUGUCGAAACCUUGGACCAUUUUGAAGUUCCAUUCUUUGGCCGCCUGGCCAACUCUUUUGUUGAUGAUGAGUGA